AUGUUUAGUAAAAUCCCUAUCCAAGCUGAAUCUUUUGAAAUGGAAUUGACUUUUCAUAUACACAACUUGGUCGCAAAACACGGAUUGGUCGGUGAUGGUCUAGCCGUGUGGUUUCUAGAUAAACCAAGCAACAUUGGUGAGGUGUUUGGCGUUACUAAUCUUUUCAAUGGAUUAGGAAUAAUGAUCGAUACCUAUAAAAAUGGUAAACGAGGUCAAUUUCCUUACGUCAAUAUAAUGUUGGGCGAUGGCAAAACUUGGUACAAUAAGGGCACUGACGGGUACGAAACCAGACUAGGUGGAUGUACAGCAAAGGACAUUUUGAACCCAAGUAAAGGCCAAACUAAAAUGAGAUUAAUUUAUAUGAAAAAUGGAUAUCUUUCCAUUGAUUUCAAUUACAAUGGUAAGCAUGAAGAUUGGAAUAAUUGUGUCACUUUAACAAAUGUUCAAUUACCUUCAAUCAAGUACUUGGGUUUCAGUGCAGAAACAGGACAAUUAUUUGAAAACGCCGAUAUAAUUGAAAACAAAAUGUUUGCCUUGUAUAAACCAAAUGGAGAUUUUGUUGAGUCGAUAGACGAAUUGAAUGAUUUGAUAAGGGAACAAAAUGAACUUGACAAUGAAGUAGGCUCUUUGAACAAAUUGGAGGAAAUGGAUAUCAAAUCAUCGCAAUCGCAAAGACCUAAUGGUCAGAGGAACAGAGCGUUCAAAAAGAAAUUGAGCACUCAGAGACGAAGAACAAUAAGUAGAUUGAAGAAUGCCGAAAAGAGAAUUAAGGAACAAGAAAGAAAGUGGAGGUUGGAGACAUACGGUGAUGAAAAUGCCACGUUUAUUAAGCGGAUGCUCUGGUCAUUGACAACUGUGGUCAAGAUUGUACUAUUUGUACUUAUUAUUGUCAUUUUGAUUUGGUUUGCAUUGAUAGGUUUCAGAAUCCAAAAACAAAUAAGGAGACUGAAAACUAAAGGAUUAUUAGAUUAA